AACUCUGCUUUGUUGGGGCCCUUCACCGCCCCGGGUAACUGAAGGGUGGCCCGGAGCCGCCGGCCGAGGUCGGGCGGCACUCUCCGUGAAGAGCCGCCUUCCUCGCCGGGCUCCGAGCGCCCGGGCCCCCGAGCAGCAUGGUUGUCGAGUCCCCGGGCGUAGGGCCUCCGUGCUCCCCCUGAAGGACCCGGUCCUGCCCGCAUGCACUCAGCGCGGAGCCGCAGGGAGGAGUAGCUGGGGCUAUUUAAACCGUGCCUGUUUCUCAGCUGUUUGCUGGCGUGUGGAGACUGACACCCGAGGUCCCCCAGGUACGGCGCGUUUCCGACGUUGAUCCAGGCCAAUGUGCAAUACCAACAUGUCUGUGUCUACUGAUGGUGCUGUAAGCACCUCACAGAUUCCAGCUUCGGAACAAGAGACUCUGGUUAGACCAAAGCCAUUGCUUUUGAAGUUACUAAAGUCUGUUGGUGCCCAAAAAGAUACUUAUACUAUGAAAGAGAUUAUAUUUUAUCUUGGCCAGUAUAUUAUGACUAAAAGAUUAUAUGAUGAGAAGCAGCAACAUAUUGUGUACUGUUCAAAUGAUCUUCUAGGAGAUUUGUUUGGUGUGCCAAGCUUCUCUGUGAAAGAGCACAGGAAAAUAUAUACAAUGAUCUACAGAAAUUUGGUGGUAGUAAAUCAGCAAGAACCGUCAGACUCUGCCACAUCUAUGCAUGAGAACAGGUGUCAUCUUGAAGGUGGAAGUGAUCUAAAGGACUCUAUGCCAGAGCCACAGGAAGAGAAGCCUUCAUCUUCAGAUUCAGUUUCUAGACCAUCUACCUCAUCUAGAAGAAGAGCAAUUAGUGAGACAGAAGAAAACUCAGAUGAAUUACCCGGUGAACGACAAAGAAAGCGCCACAGAUCUCUUUCCUUUGAUGAAAGCCUGGCUUUGUGUGUGUUAAGGGAGAUAUGCUGUGAAAGAAGCAGUAGCAGUGAGUCAACAGAGACUCCCUCAAAUCAGGAUCUCGACGAUGGUAUAAGUGAACAUUCUGGUGAUUGGUUGGAUCAAGAAUCAGUUUCUGAUCAAUUUAGUGUAGAAUUUGAAGUUGAAUCUCUUGAUUCAGAAGAUUAUAGUCUUAGUGAAGAAGGACAAGAACUCUCAGAUGAAGAUGAUGAGGUAUAUCGAGUCACAGUGUAUCAGGCAGGGGAAAGUGAUGCAGAUUCAUUUGAGGAAGAUCCUGAAAUUUCCUUAGCUGACUAUUGGAAGUGUACUUCCUGCAAGGAAAUGAAUCCUCCUCUCCCAUCACACUGCAACAGAUGUUGGGCCCUUCGUGAAAACUGGCUUCCAGAAGAUAAAGGGAAAGAUAAAGGGGAAAUCUCUGAAAAAGUCAAACUAGAAAGCUCAGCUCAUACAGAUGAGGGCUUGGAUGUGCCUGAUGGUAAAAAACCUACAGUGAAUGAUUCUAAAGAGUCCUGUGUUGAGGAAAAUGAUAAAGUCACAGAAAGCUCGCAGUCACAAGAAAGUGAGGACUUUUCUCAGCCAUCCACUUCCGGUAGUACUAUUUAUAGCAGCCAAGAAGAGGUCAAAGAGUUUGAGAAGGAUGAAGCCCAAGACAAAGAAGAAAGUAUGGAAUCUAGUGUUCCCCUUAAUGCCAUUGAACCGUGUGUGAUUUGCCAAGGUCGACCUAAAAAUGGUUGCAUUGUUCAUGGCAAAACGGGACAUCUUAUGUCAUGCUUCACAUGUGCAAAGAAACUAAAGAAAAGGAAUAAGCCCUGCCCAGUGUGCAGACAACCAAUUCAAAUGAUUGUGCUAACUUAUUUCAACUAGCUGACCUGUCCAUAAACAUAAAAUUAUAUAUUUCUAACUGUAUAACCCUAAAAAUUAGAUGUGUUUUAUUUUUAUUUACGUAAGUUAAAGCAGACAAGUGUCUUAGUCCAUGUAAAUUUCUUUGUGGUAUAAUUUACUCUCCUUGGGAGUAAGAAUAGUGAAUAUUAACUUUUAGAAAAAUUUCACUUCUUUUUAUAUUUUAUAUUUGGGUUUUUAAUGUAAUUUGCAUUGGCUAUAUAGCUCAUUUUCAUCCUCACUUGUGUUUUAAAUAAUCUCUACUUCGAAGGACUAUUGGAAGUGUACUUCCUGCCCUUCAACCACAAUUCCACAGUUAUUGGGCCCUUCAUGAGAACUGGCCACAUGAAAAGUAUCAGAUUUCCUUUUUUCUUUUUUAAAUACAAGAACAUUUAACUUAUUUAGUACCUUUCAUGUAAGGAGCUAAGGAAUACAUGAAGGAUUGAAUAUUUAAAUUAUUGACAUUCUGAAAUGUCCUACUUUCUCUGUUCUUUAGAAAUUGUAAGUUAUGAGCUAGCAAGACAGCUCAGGUGGUAAAGGCGCUUGCUGCAAAAGCCUGGACCUGAGUUCAAUUCCUGGAGCCCAAGUAAAGGUAGAAGGAGAGAACCAACUCAACAAAUGUGUCCUCUGAUCUCCACACAUGUUCUACCACAUGUGCACCCAUGCACAUACAAUCGGGUACACAUACAGUUUUUAAAGUGCUUUCAUAGCACCAGGUACA